UGCUCAUCUCUCAGCUGGACAGUAAGGGCCGUUCACACCACACACUGACAACAUGCUGGGGACACUCUGCACUCUCAUCGCUGUGCUCUCAUGUGUCAGGGGGCAGAAGGUUUUGACACAGAAACCCUCAAUGCUGAGUCUGACAAAAGGACAGAAGGCCACUUUGGACUGCAAUAUUGCCCGAGAAGAUGGUUAUUAUGUUUCUUGGUACAAGCAGGUUCCAGGCAGUGCUCCACAGUAUAUACUGUAUUUCCACCACUCUCAGAGCUCGCCUACAUAUGGAGCUGGUUUCUCCUCCCCCCGCUUCACCUCCACCACCCAGAGUAACACAGAUUAUCAGUUAAUAAUUAGCAAUGUGGAUGCAGGAGACUCAGCAGUGUAUUACUGUGAGACAUGGGACAGCACAGCUAGUGCAGCUGUAUUCGGCCAAGGCACUAAACUGAUUGUCACGGACCCUUCUCUUGCUGCGCCUACACUCUCUCUCCUGCCUCCGUCCAGCGAGGAUCUGACAGGAAAAUCCACACUGGUGUGCCUGGCGCAGAUGUCUAUUGGAUUCGCUGAUGUCAGUUGGACAUCGGACGGGAAAGCCGUUACUGGCGGCAUUUUUACAAGCGCCGCCGAACAGAUCUCCGACAAAAACUUCGGUUUGAGCAGCUUCUUAACCGUCAAGACUUCCGAAUGGAUUAGUGACCGCGUUUAUGCUUGUAAAGUAUCGGUCGGGUCAAAAACGUCAGAGAAAACUAUCAAGAAAUCAGACUGCAGCAAGUAAACUGUAGCUGUCUGACACAAUUUGACUAAAAUUGUAUUUUGAUCAGCAAGCUUUUCCAUCUGUAAUAGUUAAGCAACCCAUUAUCUGAAUGGAUUUACUGCAGUGCCUUAAGAAUAUUUCAGGAAUAGACUUUCAAUUGUAACAUCAUUUUAUGCUCUUACUGCUAGAACGUGUGUUUUGGUUAUAUUUGUGUUUGGAUUGUGUAGAGAUUCAAUAAAGACUUUUGCAUGUUCAAGAA